AUGGCGUCUCAGCCCAGCCCCGCGGCCGCUGUCGAGGCCGUCGAGGGAGCUGCGCACUCUGCGGCUCAGUCCAGCUCAUCGUUCUUGGAUCGCGUGACGUCCUGGUAUCAGGACAACAAGGUCGUGGCAUGGACGAUCGCUGGUGUUACGGUCGUUGUCGCCGGCGGCACAAUCUACUACCUCUCCUCGUCGCCCAAGCAGCCGUCAGACUCGGACAAGAAACCCAAGAAGCGAAAAGCGAAGAAGGAUGCGCCCAAGACCGCAGACGAACCCAAAGCCGAGCCGAAAGCUGCCCCCAAGUCUGCUGUUGUAGAUGAUCCCGAAGAGCUUCCAGAGGUGACGGAGGAGUCUGUAAAGUCGUUAUCAGAGCAAGAGCGGAAAGACUACGCGGCGAAGCUCAAGGCGGCUGGCAACAAGGCAUAUGGCAGCAAGGACUACAACCGUGCGAUCGAUCUCUACACUCAAGCUAUUCUCUGCAAGGCGGACCCCGUCUUCUACUCCAACCGUGCUGCCUGCUGGAAUGCCAUGAGCAACUGGCCCAAGGUCAUUGAGGAUACUACUGCGGCUAUCAACCUGGACAGCGAAUACGUAAAGGCAUUGAACCGAAGGGCAAACGCUUAUGAACAGGAGGGCAGAUAUAGCGAAGCCCUGCUCGACUAUACCGCCAGCUGCAUCAUCGACCAGUUCCGCAACGAAUCAUCGGCGCAAGCGGUUGAGCGACUACUCAAGAAAGUCGCGGAGACUAAGGCAAAGAAGAUCAUGGAAGGAAAAGAGAAGAGGCUGCCAUCGCCCACGUUUGUCUCCAACUACCUGCAAUCGUUCCGUGCCAAACCUCUACCUGAAGGACUUGAAGAGACUGCAGAUCUUCCAGAGGGUAGUGGAAAGUGGCACGUGAGGAAAGGACUUUUGGCCAUCAAGCAGCGUACUGGAGAGGGCUACACCGAGGCAGCUGAGAGCUUCGACAAGGCCAUUGAACAAGGUGGCUUGGAGAAGCAUGAAGCUUUGGCAUACAACAUGCGUGGUACAUUCCGUUACUUGAAGGGUGACAACGACACUGCUCUCGAGGAUUUGAACAAGGCGAUCGAACUGGACCCAACUCUUGUGCAGAGCUAUGUCAAGCGCGCGAGCAUGCACUUGGAGCAGAGUAACCGUGAAGCCGCCGCACAAGACUUUGAACUCGCGUCUCAACACAACGCCAGUGACCCCGACGUCUACUACCACCGUGCACAGCUCCACUUCAUCCUCUCCGAAUUCAGCAACGCGGCCACCGACUACCAGAAAUCGAUGGACCUGGACAAGGACUUCAUCUUCUCACACAUCCAACUCGGUGUCACACAGUACAAGAUGGGUUCGAUAGCUAGCAGUAUGGCGACGUUCAGACGCUGCAUUAAGAACUUUGGCGACAAGAGCGAUGUAUACAACUACUACGGCGAGCUGUUGCUUGAUCAGCAGAAGUACCAAGAGGCGGUUGAAAAGUUCGAAACUGCUGUUGAGAUGGAGAAGAAGGGUGUUGGUGAGAGGGGAGGCGGCAUGAAUGUGUUGCCUUUGAUCAACAAGGCUCUUGCUCUGUUCCAGUGGAAGCAAGACUUCAGUGCAGCAGAAGAGCUGUGCCAGAAGGCCCUCAUCAUCGACCCUGAAUGCGACAUCGCUGUAGCCACCAUGGCUCAGCUCCUGUUGCAACAAGGCAAGGUCACCGAGGCCUUGACCUACUUCGAGCGUGCCGCAGAGCUCUCUCGAACAGAGGGCGAGAUCGUCAACGCUCUUUCCUACGCAGAAGCAACUCGAACGCAGCUCGAAGUCCAAGAGAAAUACCCACAAUUGGCCGCCAAGCUGCAAGGGAUGAGUGCAGGUAUGGCACCGGCGAUGAGGUAA